GGUGACCUCAUUGAUAGUAGCGCUGAGCUAUGAGAUCUUCAAGUCAGACUUCGCCCGGAUGUUCACCGAGGACGAGAAAGUCCAGGAGCUGCUGGAGACCAGCUCCCUGGGGCUGGUGCUCAGUGUGCCCGCCUACGCCCUGCUCAUGACCUUCUACGGUGCGCUGCGGGGAGCCAACUUCCAGAGGCCUGGCAUCAUGGGCACAGUGGUGGGAUAUUGGGUGGUGGGCUUGCCACUGGGCGGGCUCUUGGGAUGCUACUGGCAUUGGCCGACUCCGCUGCUGGGGGUGUGGCUCGGGAAUGCGACCGCCUUGACGAUCGCGGCCAGCUGGGUGCUGACGGCGGUGUUUUGCCGCAUUGACUGGAUGCAAGUGGCUGCCUUGAGAGCCGCGGCGCCCACUGCGCCGCUUUUGCCAUCUGAUGCCGAACUGCCGCACCGCAAGGUGGACGCGCGAAGCCUUCCCACGCGGUGAGAACUACCGGCAAGCUUUUCUCAGUGAUCCCGCUAUGUUCCCACUGGACUUCUGCUUCGGCGUACGGCACCUGCGCGGUGCGGGCGCGCUCGAUAGGCGUUGGGCUGAAGUCAGUCUGGGCCUGGAUAAAUUGCGAUUGCCGGUCGCCAACAGAAGC